CCCUCCACCAACUUUCAAAUUUCGUCGAUUUUUGCGGUAAUGGGGAAAAAUGGAUCACAAUUGAAAAAUCUAAAGUCGUCUAUCCGACAGGCGAAUUUGGUUAGUGCGAAACCUGGUCGUAAAAAGGGAAAAUCAAAAGGUGUUGAUUCUCGAGAAGAACGACAGACAAAAGUAGACAAAAUUCAAUCAGAUUUCAAUUUGUUUGAUCGACAAUUUACCAGAAAAAAAUUCGAUGUAGGCGGUAGACGCAUCAAAGGUACUGAAGGCACUCCCGGUGUUAGCCGCAGUGUAGGAGAAGAAAUUCGUAAAAAUACAAUAGGUGAAAAACUCAAAAAGAAGAACCACGUUGGUGGUGUCAUUGAUCGCCGUUUCGGUGAAAAUAAUCCUCAUUUAUCGCUUGAGGACAAAAUGCUCGAACGUUUUAGCCGUGAACAGCAACGUCGUAGCAAGAAAGAUAUGUAUAAUUUAGAUUCCGAAAACGACGUCUUAACUCACGGAAAAAGACCAAUUUCAGAAUUGGAUGAUUUUGACGAACCCGAUUUAGCCUUGAAUGCCGAAGAGGACGAAGGCCUCAACAAUGAAGUUGUUCGUCGGAUGCACUUUGGUGGUUUCGGAGAGGACGAACCUCAAGAGGAAGAGGAAGAAGGCGAGCCAAAGCAAAAGAAGUCCAAGCAUGAAGUCAUGUCUGAGAUUAUUGCAAAGUCUAAAACUCAUAAGGCAGAACGCCAAGCAGAGAAAGACGAAUACGAAGAUGAACGUGAGAAAUUAGAUGAGGGCAUGGAUGACUUGCAAAGCGCACUUUCAGAUUUCAGAAAGGAGGCAAGACGUAAACAAGCUGCAAAAAAUCAAGUUUUACGCCCUUCAGAUGCUGACUCUCGAUAUGAUGAGUUCGUCAGAGAAAUGGUAUUUGAUAGGCGAGCUCGCCCUUCAGAAAGAACAAAGACUGAGGAAGAACUUGCUCAAAUCGAAGCAGACCGUUUGCGUGAGCUUGAAGACCAACGUCUUGCCCGGAUGCAAGAUGACGAGAUUGACUAUCCUGAAACAGAAGUAACUGAGGACGCAAGCACGAAAGCUACCGAUAAUGUUUUUGGUUUUGGUGAAGGUCUCACUCUGGAAGAUGAAGAAUCGGUGAACUCUUCUGAAGGGGAAGAGGAAGAGGACGAAGAAGAAUGGGAAGGUAUUGUGGAAGAUACGAAACCCGCUGCGAAGAAUGAUGUGAAAAAAGAAAAGAAGCUUUCAGGUGGAAACAUCUCAGAUGGUAAACCCGCUAAGCAAGCGUCACUCGCUUAUACCUAUUCCUGCCCUACUUCGCAUAAAGAAUUUCUGGGAAUGAUCCAAGGUUUAAGCUUCGAAGAUCAAGUUACUGUUGUCAUACGCAUUCGUACGCUUUAUCACGUCAAACUACACCCCGAAAAUAAAGCUCGUUUAGAGAACUUUACUGUGGUACUUUUGCAGCAUAUUCUUUAUUUAUCAAAGAAAUCGGAAGUUUCAAUGGAAAUACUUGAGAAACUCACAGAGCAUUUGGUAUCUUUGGGACGCCAAUUUCCCGUAACAAUUAGUGCUUCUUUUAUUUCUGUAUUGGAAGGAAUGCGCAAUCGGUUAUUAAACAGCUUUGGAAACACUAAUAUCAAGUUUCCCGAUGCCCAAGAUCUCACGCUCUUCAAUCUAGCCUGUUCCGUAUUCCCUACUUCCGAUAGAAAGCACAUUGUACUAAACCCAAUGGUUCUUACGAUGUGUGAAGCGUUGACUCAAUCGCCAUGGAGUACACUUCCUGAUCUUUGUAAUAAAUUGUACUUGGCGAACCUUCUCUUGAAGUAUCAACGUUUGAGUCAUCGUUAUAUACCUGAAGUCAUAGUUCUCCUUGGUCAAGUUUUGUAUGUGCUUUCUCCUAAUGCAAUGAAGAGUAUACCUGGAAGCUUCACUAUUCCUGAUAGCCUUCAUGAAAAGCAUAAAGCCUUUGGUAUUCAAGAUAUAUCUUUGGACGAGCCUGAAAAGCUUCGUCUUCUUGACUUAGGGUCUGUUCCUGUUUCAAACCUUCAGUCAUCGAUAAUUAUGGUUACGCUUAAUCUUGUAAAUGUUGCGCAAAAUCUAUACGCUAAGGAAAGCGCAUUUUUGGAGAUAUAUGAGCCAAUUUUUGAUCUAUUGCAAGUCUAUGAAUCGAAGAAAGAGCUUCUUCAUAAAACUUUGUCAGACAAGUUGAAGCAGACUAUCGGAGAUUUGACCACCUUGCUUGAAUCUGCUAAGAGAACGCGCAAGCCUCUGGCUCUACAAGCACACAGACCUGUGGGUAUUGCUAGUCACUUACCUAAAUUUGAAGAAGGCUACUCUAUCGAUAAAACUUCUUAUGACAUUGACCCUGAAAGAGCUGAACACAACAAGCUUCGUGCUCAACAUCGGGAUGCCAAAAAGGGUGCCAUUCGUACACUUCGUAAGGAUGCAAGAUACAUUGCUCGUGAAAAACAAAAGGAACAACGUUCCAAGGACAAAGCAUAUAAUGACAAAAUGGGUAAACUCCACAAUCGUUUGCAACAUUUUGAUUCAGCUGUUUAAAAUAAAAAAAGAAAAGGAAAAUCUAGGAAAGCUACUAAUCAUAAUAAUAUUUUUGGGGUUUUGGUUAACAUGGGUGUUUGACUUUACUUAUCUUAUGGAUUAGAUAUUAAUAAUAUGUGAAAACAUGUUUUGGUUUCAAGUGUACAAUGGAUAAAAAGACACAAAAGGUAAAAAAAAUAAAGAGUUAACAUAAAUGAAUUGAA